UGAGGCGUCCAGGCUCACACCCCCCACAAAUCUCCGCCUCCUCGUCCCCCUUCCUAUAUAUACACGUAUCGGCAGACGCCCUCUCCUACUCACCAAUCACCAUCUCCAAGCGCCAAAACAAACGUUCUGUGAUUUCUUCGCAACCGACUCUCUCUGCUCCCGCCGAUCUCUCAAUAUCUCGCCGGCCACCGCAUUUCCUUCCUCCUCCUCGCCUGUUUUUCUCUUUGAUUUUGGUGUUUCGUUGUUUGAAGACGGAGGAAAUGAGGAUUAAGGAGGAUUCUUCGUAUGAUAGGAGUGUCGAGGAAGCGGAAGGAGAGGAAACGACGUCGCAAUGCUCGAUUGGAGUUUUGCAGCAGCAGCAGAGGAAGCUUGUUGUCGUCGGUUACGCGCUUACCUCGAAGAAGACGAAGAGCUUUUUGCAGCCGAAGCUCGAAGGUUUGGCGAGGAAUAAGGGGAUAUUAUUUGUUGCAAUUGAUCAAAACAGACCACUCUCAGAACAAGGUCCUUUUGACAUUUUGUUACAUAAGAUGACAGGAAAGGAGUGGCGCCAGAUUCUUGAGGAAUACCGGCAGACACAUCCAGAGGUCACAGUUCUUGAUCCUCCAGAUGCCAUACAACAUUUACAUAAUCGACAAUCAAUGCUCCAGUGUGUUGCUGAUAUGAAUUUGUCUGACUCCUAUGGGAAGGUUGGUGUUCCCAAGCAAUUAGUUAUCAAAAGAGAUGCAUCAUCCAUUCCUGAGGCAGUUAUUAAAUCUGGGCUGAGCUUGCCCCUUGUGGCAAAACCAUUGGUUGCUGAUGGAAGUGCUAAGUCACAUGAACUAUCACUUGCAUAUGAUCAAUAUUCUCUCCGGAAAUUGGAACCUCCACUGGUGCUUCAGGAGUUUGUUAACCAUGGAGGUGUUCUCUUCAAGGUUUAUAUUGUUGGGGAAGCCAUAAAAGUUGUCAGGCGCUUCUCUUUACCUGAUGUCACCAAAUGGGAGCUCUCUAAAAAUGCAGGUGUUUUCCGGUUUCCACGGGUUUCCUGCGCUGCAGCUUCUGCUGAUGAUGCAGAUUUGGAUCCCAGUGUUGGUGGUGAGUCAUUCUUAGCUUCUUUUGACCAUCCUUGGUAUAUAAAAUAUAAAUGUUUAGUUAUGGGGCUGUAUCGGAAAUUCCUACGAAGAAGUUAUCAUCUGGUGGUGGGUUGGAUUAAUUACUUAUGUUGAGUUCCAGGUUCUUGUUCCCUCAUCAUUUCAUCAACCCUCUUUGAAUUGUGUAAGGAUUUUUUCAAAUGGCAACUGAAUUGGUGUUUUUAUAAGUUGUGUUAACCAUUACUUCUAAGAUUUUGGCAGAGCUCUCAAAGACUUAUUUUUGUCUAUUGCAGAGCUUCCUCCACGACCUCUACUUGAAAGACUAGCCAAGGAACUACGUCGUGGACUGGGACUAAGGCUAUUCAAUUUAGACAUAAUCCGGGAGCAUGGAACCAGAGAUCAUUUCUAUGUCAUUGACAUUAAUUACUUCCCUGGCUAUGGGAAAAUGCCAGAGUAUGAACAGAUAUUUACGGACUUCCUCUUGAGUCUGGCGCAGAGCCAAUAUAAGAAAAAAUCCUGCUAACAAUUAUUGAAACCGUGCUCCCCAAAGCACCGCAUAUUCUCAGGGUGUACAGAAGAUGGGGUCUUCUACUUGCUUUAGAAGCCAGUAACCCCUCCUGGCUCCUGGAGGGGGCCACCUGUGAAGAGACUCCUGACCUCCCAACUUGUGUAAUUAUAACUGGCUCCAGGACAACCCUGCUUAGGACUUCAUCAUGUAUAAUGUUCUUAAUCCAACUUGAUCUGGUUGUGGCUGGAUUCCUUUUAUACCUUUUAACCUUGUGCAGUUUCUGGGUGAUACAGACAGUCGGUGAAACACAGCACCCCAUGUUCUGUAUACACUUUUUCUCGUUUCUUGUCUUGCAUCCAGCAACGUACAUUUAGAUCACCUGAUGUAAAUGUAUGCUAAAGGUCUGGAACAACAUCUGUCUUCUUUAGCUUGUUUCUUGGUUCUUAGUUCACGAAAUGUUCGUUCUAACGUCUAGGAACAACUAGUCUUUUAUGGUAAUUGUAAUUUAUAACACUAGUCUUUUAUGGAAGAUCGCUAGGGAGUUAUGUUCUCUAGGAGCGGUAUGUACAUAACUUAAGUUGGUUAUAUGAAAAGGCUAUAUCCCUAAUGAUAAACACCAAACCAAUCUCCCAACAAGAAUAAUCAUUUCAAGAGCAUGACACUAUUGUGAAUAUUGGGGGCAUUUCAAAAUUGUGCUUGCUUUUUGUAUCCAAUUUGAUUCAUGCAAGCAGUAGCCGGAAACAUGAUAAUUAUGAGAUUAAAAUUUUGCCUGAUUA